GUUGUGAAUUUUUUAGCCUUAAAAAAAACAAAACAACACAAAAAAAAUGUUGCAAUUCCUGCCGAUUCCUACCCGCGUAGUAUUAGGAAACAAAAUAACUUCUUCCUAAAACCAUGAUCUCAAGCUUAUCAAGAACUAUGAAUCUGUAAAACCUAAUAACUUCAAUUCGAUCACCUAAGAACCGAAUUCACAGCGCUCAAAGCAAUUCACCACCGCACCACCGCCGGCGAAGGGCCGACAGGUUCUCCUUCUCGUCCGCUUCUCCAUCUUCUUAAUUUCUUCUAAUUUUUUGGUUUGAUUGAAACUUCCACCGGUACCGCAACGACCGUCUUCACCACCACGUACAAUCUCCGUCUCUGCCGCCAGUUCGUCAGCUCCAGUAAUUUUAGGAGCCUUUUAUUGCUAGCUGGUUUGGUUCACUUGCUCGUUUCUUUGGUGUCUGUGCUUCAAUUAGGUUUAUGGCGAGAAAGAAAAGGAAAAUGCCCCCACCUCAAGGCGAUCUUACUGACGAGGAUGAUUCUGAUGCAGAACGGGUUAGACGUGAGGAUGAGAGGGUUCAUACAGUAGUUAAUGCGGUUGGAAUAGCGAUUAAAAAUGGGACCAAAUUCCCUUUAGAAUGGGAUCCACUUUCGGGUAUACCAUGCGGGGAAUACAAGCUCGGUUUACGACCUACAUUGGUGUAGUGACUCGGGAGCGAGUAUUCAUAACAUAUGAGAGGUGGACCGAUGUUCCAAAAGAAACAUUAGAUGGAUUGUAUUAGUGCAUAAAAAAGGGAUUCAUUGUGUUAGAAGAGCGUAAAAAUUAUAUCUUGCAGCAAGCUGAUGAUAGAUGGAGAGCACACAAGACCAGAUUAAGGAAGAAAUGGUUGUAACAUAAAUCUGGAAGGUUGAGAGCAAGGCCACCGGAUUGGAAAUAUCCUUGGCUAACUCAAGAAAUUUGAAAUAAAUUUGUUGCACAUAGUACUUCUUAAAAGUUCAAGGAGGUGAGUGGAGAUAGUCGAGAAAGGUCAAUGCUGAAUACUUCAAGCUACUGUGGAGGCCCUCUAGGGUACUAGUACUAUCAAGACCAGAUAGAAAAAGAAUUUAUGAAAAAAGGGAUUCAUGUCGAUCAGGUGCCUCGACAUGAGACUUGGUUGUGAGCUCAUUCACAUUUCAAAGAUGGAAAAUAUACCUUUAAGAAUCCAAUCGAUCAAGAGACUGUUGAAACAAUUAUAACGAUUUUUAAAUAUCCUUUUUUUAAUCAUAUAUGUAAACUUGUGUUGCUAUCGUAUAGCUAAAUAGAUUGGUUGCUCAUUGUUGAUUUCAGUAUGCACUGAAAGCUCAAGCUGAAAGAGGUGAAAUUUCUUUCAAGAGUCGCCGUGAUGAUAUUUUGGCACGGGCAAUAAAGAAGCCGAAGCAUGGUGGAAGUGUAAGGAGCGUUGGUCAGGUAUCACAAAUAAGCAGUAUUUUGGGUUUGCCAAACCAACACCACCUAGCCAAUUGCGUGCCGAACUCACUGGUAUGAGGACAGAGAGGAAAAUGAUGAGAAACCAACAGACUCUCUUAAUAUUGUAUUUAAUGUCGGGCCAAAACCAAGCCGAGGCACAGGAGAAGUUGAAGAAAUUGAUAGCUUGUGGUGCUAGGGGACGAUCUGGUGGUUCUAUUGGUCAAGGGAGUGGCCAAUCUGGCAGUUUUGGAACUCAAUGGUUGAGUGGUGCACAACCUACUGGUUCUUUUACCGAACUACUUGCUGGAGGUACACAUCAGGGAGGCCAAGGUAUCACAAGUCCUCUUCUAGACACUUGACUUCAAGCGCAAGAGCAAGAGAAAGAACUUCAGCCCUACCAUGUUUCAUUACCGCAGUCAGAACAACCCUUCCAUGUUUUAUGGCCGCAAUCAGAACAUUCCCUUGAGCUUGGAACUCAAUGGUCGAGUGGUGCCCAACCUAUUGGUUCUUUUACCCAAACUGCUAAGGGGAAACCAUUGCAAUUUGUUGCUCCGGUUAUUACUUGCUGGAGGUACUCAUCAGGGAUGUCAAGGUGUCAUAAGUCCUCUUCCAGACACUCGACUUCAAGCUCAAGAGCAAGAGAAAGAACUUCAGCCCUACCAUGUUUCAUUAUCACACUCAGAACAGUCCUUUGAGCAUGAAGACCAUCAACUUUACUCUUCGCAACACGAGAACGGUGGUAUUCCUUGGCCCGAAACAUACGACACUCAACCGAUUAGUGCUGACCAUCCUGAGGGUACGCAUGACUGCUGUUUGGCGAUUGAGGAACACAAAGUAAACCAAAUUGUUACAACGGGACAAGUGUACAUACCAGGGGAAUCAUUAGUGGUUAAGAAUCAUUUUUUUGAUGUGUCCCCUAGUAAUCGCCAAGUCUAUAUAAAGGAAGAUAUUGUGUCUACUGCACUACUACCGUGUCCUGCUGAACUAUUCACUUUCGUUUGUCAAGCAAAGGAUAGUUUUGUUCCAUGGCCGACUCACUUAAUUUUUCUAAAGAAGAAGCAACCAAAAGAAAAAGAGACCACCCCUUUCUCGCAAUUGCCAUCAUCAUCACAAGCAGCAUCCACAAAAAAGUAUUAGGUUACUGAUGAGAAUCGUGCCAAAGUGAACUCCAGUGUGUUAGUUCCAAAGAAAAAGCAACUAAAAGAAAAAGAAAGCAACCCCUUCUCGCAAUCGCCAUCAUUAUCACAAGCUACAUCCACACAAAAGUAUAAGAUCACUGAUGAGGAUCAUGCCAAGGUGACCUCCGGUCUAUUAGAAGUUUUCAAGAAUGAAGCUAUGGGAAUGAGAAAGAAGAAUGAGACCAUCGCAUUACCAAUACCAUUUUUUGUGCUUUGCAACGAGAUAGAAGCUACAUUUGAUUAUGAAGCUAUUUUUGAUUGGUGCUUCCAAAGAGAUGUCAGAACAUCUCACAUGUCACUUUUCAUGAGAACCGGAUCAAGAUAUUGUUGGACACUGAUAGGAUACACUGCCGAAACAGUGGAGGAACUUCUAGGUUUCUAUGAAAAACAUGCUAGUGAGGUUGGAUUUUCCAUAAGGAAAGGAAACACGAGAUUCAAAGUUGGGACAAGAAUCGUGCUUGAAAAGACAUAUGUUUGUUCAGCAGCAGGAGUAACAAACAAUGGAAAGAACAAAAAGAAAAAAGUGCAAACAGUUGUUCCUGUAGUGCCCAAAAAAGAGAGAAAACCAAGGCAAGUUUCGAUCACGAGAACUCAAUGUAGGGCUUGCUUGAGAGUGAAAAUGAAUUCUGAAGGCAGAUAUGAGGUUGUUAAUCACGUGAUAAUGCACAACCAUGAUUUAACUAGAACUCAAUGGCACUACUUGCAUAGAUCUGAAAGGCAAAUAACGGAAGAGAAUAGGGAGGCAAUUGAAACUAUGCAAAAAUCUGGUUUGUCAUCCACGGAUUCCUUUAACUACAUGGCAAUUGAAGCUGGAGGUGAAGAAAAUUUAGGACACUCGAAGAAAGACCAUCUAAAUUACUGCAUGAGGUUAAAAAUGAAGCAAAUAGAAGGAGGGGAUGCACAAACAGUAACUGACAUAAUGUAUUUAGGGCUUGAAGGUGACCCAAACUUCUUUUUUAGAUUUAGAUUGGAUGAAAAAGGCAAAUUGAGGAGUUUGUUUUGGAGGGACUCUAUGAUGAUGGAAGACUAUGGAAUUUUUGGAGAUAUAGUGGUUUUUGACACAACCUAUAGAACAAACAGGUAUAACCUAAUUUGUGCUCCAAUAGUUGGAAUAAACAACCACGGGAACAAUUGCAUGUUUUGUUGUGCAUUUAUAGGAGAUGAAAAGAUUGAGUCGUUUGUGUGGCUUCUACAAACUUUCAAAAAGUCAAUGGGAGGAAAAAGUCCAAUAUCAAUCUUUACAGAUCAAGAUGCAGCAAUGAACAAUGCCAUCAAUCAGGUACUCAUGCAACAACAACAAGUGAUACAAGUGUACAACAAGCAACAAGUUCUGAACCAGCAACAAACACAGCAACUGAACCUCCUAUGGUGUUGGAUCCUGAACAUUGCACAACAAAAGGAAGGAACAAAAGACCACGAGGACCGUUUGUCAAAAAGAAGAAGGGAAAAACUACAGCGCCUCCAACAGCAGACUUUGGAACAAUAACUCCAAAUUUGAGAUUAUUUUGAUUCUUUUAAUGUUUCUUAUCAAAAAUAGAAUUUAAUUUUUUAUUAAAGUUAAAGUUAAGGUAUAUGAAGUUAAAGCUUAAGAUUCUGAAGUUAAAGUUGACUAGACUUGAGAACUUAGUAAAAGUUUAUUUUUACAUUGAAAGUUUGAAUAUAUGCAUUAUAAUUUAGUGAA